AUGAAGCCAAACUAUUGUUUCAUUCUCCAAAAUAUAAUAAAAAGAAUAACUUAAUUCCGCGCAAGGCGCGGAUCUUAUCCUAGUUGUACCCUAUUUACGGAUUAGUACUUAAGCCCCGCAAGUAGCAGAGAUCGCAGUUAACAUACGUACGGUUUUGACUUUAAUUAGUGCGAUAAUAGUCAUUGGCAGAAAGUCUUAAAAGCAACGCAAUAAUUUUAGCUAACUCAAAUUUAUAUUAUUAUAAAUAAGCUAAUGCUUAAAUGAUUCUUACUUUAGAGUAUUUCUAAUGUAUAAGUCUAUUUUUUCUUCCAAGAUAAAGUAAAAUGGAAUAUGAACUAAAAAUGUUUUAUACCAUAUUAUAUUUUUCAUUUUAUAUUGGAAGUAAUAAACAAACAUAAAAUAAAUUAUUUCAUUUAUAGAGCAAAUUUUGUUAAAAAAUAAGAAAUAGAACAGAGUUGGAGUAUUUUUUAUUUUAUACUUUUUUUACUCAAUUUUAGAAAGAAAUGCAGUGGGACUGGAUAUACCCAUAGACAAAGCUAUUAUGGUUUUAAUUAUUUGAACUAUAACGUAAACUAACACAAGCGAAUAACGUAUGUAUUUUUGAAAGAAAAAAUGCAUAAUAAUUCCUGCACAGUAGUGUUUUCUUAUCCUUUGUUUAAUGUGCAGUUCGUCCAGACCGAUGAUUGCAUGUUAAAUUAAUAAAGUACACAUGUACGUAUUUGCCAUUCAACGACCGAUGGAAAUGGAACUACACAUGGUACAGGAAUAUAUUAAAGUUGUGGCCAUAGUGACGUGGUGUGUACGUAUUCCGUAACUAUUAAACUCAACAAGAUGUGCCAGGAUAUAGGGCCAUAAAACUUCUCAAGUUUUAAACAAUAUACUCCAAUACCAAUGAGUUCUUCUUAUCCUCUAUACUAUUUUUUGUCUUUGUAUUGAAAUCUUCAAUAGAUUGUUCAGGUAUGUUAAUUUAUAUCUUCAAAAGUGAAGUAGCUUGAACACAGACAACGAGAAUGUGUAGUUUCUCAAUACUUAAAUAAGUUAAUUGAGUAAAACUAAUGUAUUGUUACUUCCAACAUUGAUAUCAAAUCCUACUUAAGUAUCCGUAGUGUAGAGUACCUUUUGCUUUAUACUAGUAGUAUAUAAUUCUUUUGCAGUUUCCAAGUCUUUGGUCAUUGUUUCACAUUAUUAGUUACAAGUAAUCUAUCUAAUCCCAAGUUUCCAACACGCUCCUAGUUUCAAGAUUUGGUAUUAUUCGAGAAAGAAUACAAUAAAAAGGAAAAAAAGUUCCUUCAAAAUUUGUCACAUAGCGUCAGAAUAUCUUUACUCGAUCUAUUUCGACACACUAUCUAUCAGCUGAUUAACUAUUUAAAUUACGACUCAACACCAGGUUUUCAGGUCAGAGAAGACUGCUCAGUUGCAGAUAAGAGAAGACUGCUCAGUUGCAGAUAGUAAUCAAAAAUCACAUGUAUGUAAUGCUAAUGACAAAUCUCCAAAAUAACACCUUUUAAAUUUUAUUCCAAAAAUAUAAUCCAGUGUUAAAAAUUUAUAAAAUAACAUUCAUUUGACCCAAAAAAACUAUAACUCUUAAACCUUAAUCUUACUCUCAUCCGUUAAAUACUAAAUAGUAAGAUCAUAAUCCAUAAAUCUUUAUCACCAAACCAUAAAUCCAGACAUUUGCUCUUUUUUAUCUUUAAAUGUUUUUUUUUAAAAAAGUCUACUUAUAUGCUAAUUUUGUCAUAAAACAUGAUUUAAUACUAUUUGAUGAUAUUUCUCUCUAAAUAAUAUAAAAUUAAAAGUUCCGCUACUAGUUUACUAUGUAACUUCUGUCACCAAAAAAUUGGUAUAAAAUUUAACAUUUAAAAAAAAAGAUUAAAAGUUCCACCAGUCCUUAUACACGAGAUGCGUCCUCAAUCUAUAUAAUAAUUAAUAAUGUUUCGAAUAAAAGAUAGAAUCAUAGGGAUCCAGUUGAUAAUGCGAUAAAAAGGACAAUUCGGUCAUUUAUUAUACGUAUGGUCAAGCCCGCUUUGUUGUGACGUGAAGUGUUGGCUCCUAUAUAACCUCGUCUCUCCAACUUGUUCUACCACAUAACUCUCUUUACUAAUAUAGAGAAAACAAUCAAAAGAAAGUGAAAGCAGUAUUAAAGAGAGAUGGGAAACAGUCUAAGGUGUUGUCUAGCUUGUGUUCUUCCAUGUGGAGCACUAGAUUUGAUCAGGAUCGUUCAUCUAAACGGCCACAUUGAUGAGAUCACACGGUCUAUAACCGCCGGAGAGAUCCUCCAAGCAAACCCAAACCAUGUCCUAAGCAAACCAUGUUCUCAAGGUGUUGUCCGUAAGAUCUUGAUCUUGUCCCCUGAAUCCGAGCUCAAGCGAGGAAGUAUCUAUUUUCUCAUUCCUGACUCUUCCUUGCCGGAGAAGAAAAGAAGGAGAAAAGAAGGUCACAGUCCGAACAAGACUCCCAACAACAACCCUAAGGCUGACCUCGGAGAAGUUAAAGAUGUGAAACAGUGUGAGAAGUACUUGGAAGGAGUUGUGUCGUCCACGUCAAAUGGUAAAGAACAACGUCAUCGCCGGCGGCACAGCAGAUCGGUGUCAGUAUCCUCGUGGCAGCCUCACCUUGACAGUAUCUCUGAGGAUCUUAAUUAAUUACUCUUCCCUUUACCUCUUUAUAUUUUUUCUAGCUAAUGGGGUGUUUUUUUUUCCGGGAGCCGGAUUUUUAUUUUCGAGAGAUUUUUAUUUUGUUUUUCUUUUGUGAAAAAUCUCACAAAAAGAAUUAUAUAAUGUGGAUAAGUUAUCUGUUGAAUCAUGGUGUAGUAAUUUAUAGUUACGAAAAAUUAUUAUAUUUCAAUGGA